CAUCUCACCUCUCUCUCUGUUUCUCUGUCUCUCCUGUUUUCUAGGGUUUUCUUCAAUCGAACUGCUUCGUUUCUUCUUUCCACUUUUGCCCUUUUCUGCUCCUCCCAUUUCUUCGACCAUUCAAUUAGAAGCUCGUUUCUUGAAAAUUCCUUCAAUCCCAGAACACUAUUUAUAACAAACUGUAGUUGUUUUAUGGGAGCGAGAAUGUGGUGAAAGGCCUAGAUGAUUCAGAAACUAGGGGCCCUAUGAAAUUGCAACACGAAAAUGUGUUAGGCACUCUCACCAAUAUAUCAAAGCAGGCCGUAGGCAGAUUUUUGAGACAAGGUAGUUCGCGCAAGGCAUCACGUGGGAAGAGACAGGAGGGCUCCCUCUCUCAUGGAGAAUCUAAUGACAUGAUUGAGGAAGAGAUGCAAAAAGCAGAUGGAGAACUUUUUUCUAGCGCUGUAGUUGCUGGAAGAGAUGCAAAAGGAAGAACACCCACAGGGGAAGAUGCAGAGGGAAUUGUCCAUCACAGUUUCCCUGCAAAGACAGAAGAAACAGAUGAACCAGAUUGGGAAGAUGGUUCUGUUUCCAUUUCAGAUGUUAGAGAAAAUCUUUCGAAUAAUCUGGAGAGGGAGGUGACUGUUGAAUUUAGCAAGUCACCGUCUUCUGCUAAACGGAAGGUUAUUCGAAGGGCUUCUGUUGAAGACAAGGAAUUAGCUGAGCUUGUGCAUAAGGUUCAUUUGCUGUGUCUAGUAGGACGAGGAAGGUUAGUUGACCGUGCUUGCGAUGAUCCUCUCAUUCAGGCUUCCUUACUUUCACUUGUACCAACACAGUUACAAGACAUGGUAAAGGUCCCAAAAAUGAAGGCAAAUGCAUUGACUGCCCUUGUCGAUUGGUUUCAUGGUAACUUUCAUGUCCGAAAUGCAAGCAGUUCAGAGAGAUCCUUUACAUCAAGUAUGGCUUAUGCUCUUGAGACUCGUGAAGGGACUGCUGAAGAGGUUGCUGCGUUAUCCGUGGCACUAUUCAGAGCUCUCAAUUUAACAGCUAGGUUUGUAUCCAUUCUGGAUGUGGCUUCCCUCAAACCAGAAGCCGACCUGCCCGAGUGUUCAAACCAAGACAUAAAUAAGGUGGACACGAGGAUAUUUUCUAAGGGGCUAGCCAGUUCGAAUCACAUUUCUGCUGUAUAUCCUGGUCAGUCUUCAUCGCAGAAAACAAAUACCAACGGAGCCAUUGGUCAUGAAUCUCCUCAAAGAUGUGGCCAGCAGAUCAGAGAAAGUGACUUAACCUGCAAGAGCAAUAAGUCCAAAAGUUUACUUGUGACCUGUCAGAUGAAUGAUCAGACAUCAGAUUCAAUAGCCAGCAACGCAUGCAAUGAUAGCAAUGAAGUACUUGCCACUGACCAUGAUAAAGGAUCAAAAAGGAAAGGGGACGUUGAGUUUGAACUACAGCUGGAAAUGGCUCUUGCUGCAACUGCAGCUGGGGCUUGUGAAAGUACUCUAGACCUGGAUUCAAAAGAUGUAAAUGGCAGUUCAUCAAAGAUUACUUCUCCAUUCAAAAUAGUGAAGAGAAUUAAAAGUGAAGAUUCUCCAGUUUCGGCUAAGGGGAGCUCAGGGGCAGUUUGGUCGAGAAAAGCGGGACCUCUUAUGUAUUGGGCAGAAGUCUUUUGUUGCGGAGAGACCUUGACUGGAAGGUGGGUGCAUGUUGAUGCUGCAAAUGCAAUUAUUGACGGUGAGCAAAAGGUAGAAGCUGCAGCUGCUGUCUGUAGAAAGUCACUGAGAUAUGUUGUUGCUUUUGCUGGAAAUGGUGCUAAAGAUGUGACUCGCAGGUAUUGUAUGAAGUGGUACACAAUUGCAUCGCAGCGGGUUAAUUCGCAAUGGUGGGGCCAAGUGUUGGUGCCACUGAAGCAGUUAGAGUCAGGCGCAACUGAAGGUGUAGUUCCUCUUGAAAUGCAAUUGGAGAAUGCUUCAUCUGAACUACAUAAGUUAAAGGCCGUGAAAGUAUCUGAUUCUCUUGAAGUAUAUUCCAAUGAGACUGCCGGAAGUUCAUCAGCACGAGAACAUCUUCCAAGCUUGACUCAAGUCUUUGGCAUAGAAGCGUCUAAAUUGCUAGGCAUGAACAUAGAUGUGAAAUCUCCCAUUCAGAGUCCUGGGGUAGGUAGUAGAAGCUCGCUUGAAGAUAUGGAGCUGGAAACAAGGGCUUUAACUGAGCCUCUUCCAACUAAUCAACUGGCCUACAAAAAUCACCAACUUUAUGCUAUUGAAAGAUGGCUUACCAGGUAUCAAAUACUUCAUCCAAAAGGUCCUAUACUUGGGUACUGUUCUGGGCAUCCUGUCUACCCUCGAACUUGUGUCCAAACACUACAAACAAAACACAGAUGGCUACGGGAGGGCUUGCAAGUUAAAGAAAACGAGUGUCCUGCAAAGGUGGUGAAACGUUCCCAAAAGUCGAAAAUGUCGUCUGAACCUAGCAUUUCUGAAGAAGAUGAUGGUGAAGGGACUAUUGAGCUUUAUGGGAAGUGGCAAAUGGAACCAUUGCAACUUCCUCAUGCUGUAAAUGGGAUUGUACCAAAGAACGAGCGCGGCCAGGUUGAUGUGUGGUCUGAGAAGUGCCUCCCACCUGGGACAGUACACUUGAGGUUACCCAGACUAGUUCCUGUUGUGAAGAGGCUGGAGAUUGAUUUUGCACCUGCCAUGGUUGGAUUUGAGUUCCGUAACGGGCGUUCACUACCCAUCUUUGAAGGGCUUGUGGUCUGUACAGAGUUUAAACAUGCUAUCAUGGAGGCAUAUGCAGAAGAAGAAGAGAGGAGACAAGCACAGGAGAAGAAAUGGAACGAAUCUCAAGCUCUUUCUAGGUGGUAUCAGCUUAUUUCAAACAUGGUAACACGGCGAAGGUUGAAAAACUCUUACGAGGUCGGUUCGACUUCACAGGCCCACCACAACCUUCUCCACCAGAAGGACGAUCAAUGUAUGGCCCAGAUCUGUGAUCAUCGUGGGAGUGACCUUUCAGGUGAAUUCCACCAGGAAUACGUACAGGACCAUGGAGGGUCUGCGUUGGAUUAUCGGCCAGCAGCAGCAUUUGCUAGUGACCAUGAACAUGUAUUUCCGGUAGAAAACCAGAGUUUUGACGAAGAGAGCAGUGUACGGACCAAGUGGUGCCCAUGUGGAUUUUCAAUCCAAGUGGAGGAGAUGUAGCAUUUUGGUUCUUUUGCUUUGGCUUUCUGAAGGGAAGAGAGAGAUUUUGGUUUUCUCGUAAUCUUGUCUUGAAUUAAUGAUGUUGGGUUGUGUAAUAUAAGUAAGCAAAGGUUUGAAAAUAUUUAAAUUCGGCCAUUGAAUGGACGGUCUACUGCCACUUUCGAUCA